CUAAUCUGUCAAACUAACCGAAGAACAAUAAACACAAACCGAAGGUUGAGAGGCUCCGGUGGUCGGCAAGUGGGCUCAUCUCUAACCUCGUUACUGGGACACAAUAUAGCUGUAAUGUUCCGAAGAAAGGUCCAUAAAACGGACUGAACACCUGCACCAACAUCCGUUACCGGACUGGCUGUAAGAUAAACCAAACAGGAAUGGGGACGUUGGGUUGUUGAAAACACUCUUUCCUCCAAACUCUGCUGCGUCUGAGCUGUGCAGCCAUGGAUUCCUCUGAUGAAGAGGAGGAGCGUACCUUCGUCCGGGUCCUCAGUGAGAAGUACAACCCGGAGAAUUUCCCCUACGGCCAAGGUGUGGUGGUUCUGCCCAGCCCUCCAGGAUCUCCUGUUAAAGACCGACUGUUCCUGCCCAGCGUUCUGGUUCUGAAUGACUGCGGGAUCAGCAAAGCUGGCGACAGGUCCGACAUCGAAGCAUUCUGUGCUCAUGUCCUGGAGCUGGACCUGGCCUACAAUCAGCUCAACAACUGGGAAGAGAUCAGCACCAUCGUCUCCAGCAUCCCUCACCUGGACUUCCUCAACCUGAGCAUGAACCCGCUGAGCGGUGUGCAGCUGCAGCCCAGCGUGGCCGACGUCUUCUCCAGGGUGCGACGACUCGUCCUCAUCAACACGCAAGUCAGCUGGGACACGGUGCACACUCUCACGCAGCACACGCCAGAGCUGAAGGAGCUCUUCCUCUGCCUGAACGGCUACGACUCCGUGUCCGAGUCGCAGGCUUCCUGUCCGUCGCUGAGCCUCUUGCAGAUUACCGGCAACCAGCUGCAGGACUGGGCCGAGGUCAGAAAGUUUGGGCGGCUGUACCCCAGUCUGAGCACCUUGGUGCUGGCCAACAACAGCGUCAGCUCUGUGGGCGACACCAAGGAAACACUGGAGAGUCUCUUCCCCAACCUGCGCAGCAUCAACCUCAACAACUCAGGUCUCAGCCAGUGGGAGGACAUCGAAAGGCUGAACUUCUUCCCUAAACUGGAGGACGUCAAAGCUCAGGGGAUUCCUUUGCUGCAGUCGUACAGCACCCAGGAGAGACGCAACCUCCUUUUAGCACAGCUGCCAUCUGUGAUGGUUUUAAAUGGGAGUGCCAUUUCUGACGGAGAGAGGGAGGACGCAGAGCGGUACUUCAUCCGAUACUACCAGGACUGUCCUGAGCGGGAGCUUCCUCAGAGGUACCACGCCCUCGUGUCCAAAUACGGCCACCUGGCCCCGCUCGCCGAAGUGGACCUGAGCCCGCGCGGCACCGUGGUGGAGGUCCGCUGGGGGGACCGGGUGGAGCCGGUCACCCUCCGCCUGGAGCAGACGGUGGGCGACCUGAAGAAGCAGCUGAAGGCUCUGCUGCAGCUGCCCUCCAACGGCAUCCGCCUCUUCCACAUCGACAAAGAGAUGAGCUCCGUGUUCGGACCCGAGGAGCUGAAGUGCGGCUUCCGGGCGCUUCACUCCUACAGCAUCCAAGACGGCGACGAGAUCCUGGUGGUGCUCAAAGAGAAAAACCGCUGCAGCUCCUCGGAUUUUUGAGGAAGGACGCUCUCGUGCUUCGGAUGAGAAAUUAAAAACGAACAGAGGCAAAGCUUUUGUUUGAUAAGAAAGACUUCUCCCAGUGCUGAAUGUAAGGAAGUUUAGAAAAAUAACGCAACAUUAAAUUUGCACAUUGAAGCUUUUGACCCAAAAUAGCUUUAAAGGAAUUUAGUAAAGUUUAAAAUUUAGCUGUUUUGUUUUUUUGGUGGGUCUACACUUAAGACCUUCACUUUAACUAAACAUAAAAUUUGGGCCAUAAAAUCGUCAAAUGUAGGUGCCAAAGACGAGACAAACUAUGCAAAUCGUAUCCAGGGUUUCCCUGAAAAAACCAGGCGUGCUAGAGCUGCUAAAAAAUGCUAAAAGUUGACAAGAAAUUUGAAAAUAUAACUAGGUAAUUAUGUAUAAUUGGAAGACAUUGCUGACAAUACCUAAACACACAAUUAUAGGCUUUAAAUACAAUCAAAUUUUAAUUAUUUAUCUUAAAACAACCUUCACAUUUAAAGGUUGAAAAAUAUUACCUGAAAUAGACAAUAGCUGUGUUUCUACUGACCGUAAUUCUGCACCGUUUGACAUCUGGGAAAAAAAAUGUGUUUAAUGAAAACGCGCUAGUUAUAGUUUUUCCAUGAAAAAGCUUCACUGUUAGGAUGAUGCGGGGUUUUUUUUUUUUGGCCGUAUCAAAAUGAGUUUAUUUCACAAAACUGCAAUGGAAACUUUUUUUUUUUUUACAGUAGUAGGAGGAUGGCAUGUUUUUUAAGGACUUACCAUGUGAACAAACUUAUGUUUCUUAUUUAUUGGAAACGCCGCAAAUGAGAAAUAGUUUUUUGUCUGACAUUAGUGGAAUAUUGGCAAAGUUUUGUGCACAUUUGUAAUUGAAAUGUAGGUAAUUAUGUAGUAAUUCAUGCAGAAGAAGCCCAAACCAAUGCAUAUUUAUCAUUCGUCAACAUACUUUUUUGUAGUGAUAAAAUAUUGGAUCAAUAUUUACAUUUUCUAGUAACUUGAGCAUAAAUUUCUCCUUUCUCCCUUUAGAAUGACAGGUUAUCUGCAAAUUUAAUGAAACAUCUGUUUACCUGUUCAAAACGACAAACCUGAGGGCGUCCAGCGGAGGAGAGUACUGUUUAAAAAAACAACUAACUGACCAUUUCCUCCAGGAUCCAGCUUGUAAAUAAAUCCCCCAAAAAUCAAAAGGAGAGUUUUUAGUCGGGUAGAUCCGUCUCACGUCAGAAAAAUAUAUAAAUAUAAGUUAAAAAUGUAGGUUGGGACGCGUGAACUGACAGCAGCCUCAUGGGUUUCUGGGCUUAAAAUCAAGAUUUAGCCCAGUUUGUAGUGAGGAACAAAAAAUAUUCUAGUUCAGUUAUUAUGCCAAAGUUUAUUUUAAAAAUAUUUUUUCUGAAAGUCAACUGAAUGCGCAGGUUAUAUUAAAGAAACCACUGCAGGUUAUCAGGGAUUAGAUCCAAGACAGAACUUUAGCAGAGGUUUAAUCAUUUAAAUUAAUACACAAAUACCAAAAUAUAAGGUAGAGUUUAAAAAUAUUCACAAUGCAGUUGUAGUUCUCCUUGUUCUUUUUCUGAUUGUGAAUAAUUUUAGGAGCAAACAUAAAGUGAGGAGUGAACUUUAUCCUGCAGUCGGCUGAAUCCAGGAUGUUAGCAUGCACAGAAAGACAUUUUUUUUCCGUUUUUUAAAUUUUUUUUAAGUGCGUCAGCCUUGAGAAAGCUCCGUUUGUCUGAGUUCAGCUGAGCAGAUUCAGAUUUGAAAACGUUCCUUUGUUGAGAACGGAUCGGAUCGUUCGCUGGGAAUCCUGGGAUAACCCUGGAGCGGAUGCAGACGCGCCGCUCCGCUUUGGGGGGAACACAGACGCACACGGAGCCGCCCUCCUCUCCUCCCGCCCUGGAGGAAAGCCGAGACGACGGCCGGGUCCGGGCCGGACGCUCCGGUUACCGCCGGCUGCAGGCUGUCGGGCAGCUGAGAGGCGACGAGCCGCUUUCUGGAGAGAAACCGAACACCGGCUGCCACCGGUGUCACACAGACUUCCGCUGCUGCUGCGUUAGACCGGGUUCAGACAGCCGGGUUUCCCGCCCAGACUCUCCGUUACAUCCGACACUGAGACGUUGUUAAACUUUACAUUUCCGCUCAGACUCAGAGUUUCACCAACGUUACCAACAAGUACUAUGUGUCAUAAUCUCCUGCUGGAUCCUACAGCAGCGUAUUACUGCUAUUGUAGAUUUAAAAGAAAAGGAGCAGGAGCUUUCCCCCCUAAGACUCAGGAAUUUUUGGAUCAAAUCUUAGAAUUUUUUUAGAAAAAACAUGGAGAUUUCUGAGUUUGAUAAGUUGACAUUUUUAGACUUCUGAAACUCAGAAAAUUUCCAAAAAUUUUAAAAAAUUUUUGUUUGAAAGUCAGAAAUGUCAAACCUUUUCUAGAAGAGUUUUUCUAACAAAUUUUUGACCUUUCAAGCUCAGAAAGUUUAGUUUUUUGUUUCAAAUAUUCGACUUUUGGAGUCUAGAAAUUUUCUCAUUGUUUUUUCAAGAUUUCUGAGAAUAAUCUAAAACAUUUUUUUGUUUUCUUUUUACAAAUUGUUGACAUUUCAGGCUCAGAGAUUUCAGGGUUUAUCGUUUCAAACUAGACUCUUUUUCUUGUCUUGACGUUUGGAGCUCAGAAAUUUUUCUUUAUAGAUUUCUGAGAUUAAUCCAAUCCCCCCCCCCCCCCCAAAAAAUUUGUAACAUUUCAGGCUCAAGCAUUUUUGGUGUAAAUAUUUUUCCUUUUGCGUUUUCUAUCUGCAAUGGUCUUAAUACGCCGUUGUUGGAGCCAAACUCACAGGAGACAUUUUGUUGCCAAGUAUGAAAUCUAUCAGAAGAAUGUAAGAUGCAGGUUUUUACACUGAUGGGAGAAUAUUUUGCAUGUCGGGUUCAUUUCGGAUCGCGCGUGUUUUCUGGCUCUUUGCUGUUCCCGUAGAUCGACCAGAAUUCCCUUUGGUUGUCAUUUUGGAAAUCCUGCUGAGAACAUGCUGCUGGUUGCAGGAGUUUCCCUGUUAAUCUGUUCACUGUUGCCUGACUGUUACUCUGCUUCUAACUUUAGUAAGAAAAGAAAGUCAGUGGAGAUUUACUAUCAGCUUCACAGGAGCGAUAAACGUGACGGCGCCGUUCCAGAAGGAAAAGUAAAGAUGAGAACAGAGGAGGUUUUUGUUGAGCCAGUUUUCUCGUUUCCUUUUCUUUUGCUUCGACUGAAAUCUUUACAUGCCAGGUUACAAGUGUUUUCACAAAAAAUGCUCAAAUCUCACCUCUAGCUUCAACUCCAGUGUGUCUAAUUGUCCUAAAACUUUGUUUUGUUCUGGUUCUGAUCCGUGUUUGGGCUCUUAUGGAAGAAGGUCCGGGUUUGAAUCCUCGCUGAACCUUCUCCCUGUGCACGCCUUGGUUCUCUCUGAGUUUUAGCUUAAUUGGACUCUAAAUGGCCUUCUGGUGUGAAUGUGUGCAUGGUGGUUUAUUCUGGGUUGCCAUGGUGACCUCGCCUCUCGUCUACUGACGACGUAGGAAGGCGUAGAAAAUGCAAAAUGAUCUCCGUAUCGAAACAAACUGGUACAGAUUGCUUAUAAGAGUCUUACAGCCACAUUUCUAAUUAGUAAAAUAUGAACGGAAUAUUGAAAAAUAUCAUACAUUUUGAGUUUAAUAUUCAACAUAUAAUAUAUAUGAUUUCUACAGAGAGGAAGUUGACAAACAUCUGUUUAGAAAUGGGUCGAACCCGGAAGGUGGGGAGGUCAAGUAUUUAGCACGGUCACAUUCUGUUUUUCAGUAAGUAUAUUUCAAAUGCGGCUGCAGACAUGAAACUAACAACCCAGGUAAUCCACACACACAGAAAUUCACAGAAAUUCAUCUGUAAGUUAGGGUUUGUUAAGUGGUGUGUGUUUGCAAAUGAUAACCUCCUAGAGUUUCACUCCCUGAGUGUGUCACACAGCAUGAUGAUGAUGAUGGUGAUGAUGAUGGUGUUGUGCACGGAUGGGUCUGUGCGUGUUUUUGUCUUUGGAUUUUCUCCAAUAACAGAAAAACAACAUUGUCGGUUUUCAUUUUAAAUCAUGAAUUUAAAGUAUGAAUUUAAAGUUUUUGUUUUUUGUGGUUAAACAGAGAAGAAGAAGAAAUCUUCUUCUGUUUGAACUUCUUACCUCAUUUUGAACUGGCAAAGAGCUGCUUCACCCCGUGAUGUCAUUGCCCAUAUAUGGUAAAGGUGUUGUCCAAAUUUGGAUCACAGUGUAAUUUUUAAAAUAUAUAUAGAUAUAUCUCUAUUUUACAUGUUCUUAUUUAUAUUUGUUUUAUGAUUAAAAUGGUUUUAAAUUUUAUUUUAAAGAUUAAAUUGAAGCAGAUGUUGAUUUCUUUUCACAAUGUUUGACCACAUAAAGAAAAACUGCUUGUAUUUUUAACCAAAAAAAUACAGAUUUUCAUUUCAGCUCUUUAAAUGAGGCAACCCAGUUUACAAAACACCUACUUUUGUUUUUUUUUUUACUAAGUUGAAGGCAAAAGAAGACGGGAAAAACUGAUUCAUAUGAUCAUGGAAAUGAGGUUGAUAGUUGAAUUCCCCAGUUUCUUUAAUUUAGUUUCUAAUUUUUCUGUGAGAAAAAGUUUUUGCUUCUUUCACCGUUUUCUGAGUUCACGUCGGCCUGGUGGUAAAUAACUGGAGGUGUGUUUCAGUAUCUAACGAUGAUGGGAAGUCAGGUUUAGAUGUUGGUUUUUGUGAGUUGUUUGAUUUGCACGGCUGGAGUUUCUGCUUAAAACGUCUGAUUUUAGGGAAACAUGAUUCUUUGUGGGAGUUUUUAAUUGUGAUGUAUGCGACAUGUCGUCUUCAGUAACUCCAAAUACGGAUAAGAUUGGCAGAUUUUCAUAAUGCAGUGUGUCUGUUUGGAAAUAAUUGCUUCUUAACUUAUUUCACGUGUGCUUUCGGCUUCUUUUGUGGAUCUCGACACUUUAAUUCAGGUUUGGUUUCUUGAGGUAAUGAUGCUGUUUCUAUAUCUGUACUGUGUUUUGAUGCUUUUACUUCUCCUGAAUAAGUAAAUCUGAAUAAUGAC